UUUUACAGUAAGUUAUUCAUUUAACUGACAGAACGACUCCACGGUGUGAGCGUGACCCAUUUAGCACUGCGGUCUCACUUUCUUGUCAUGGGACGCAACCAUGAGCUCGGCUCUUGUUAACGCCCUUGUCGCCCUCGGAUAAAAUUGUGCACUACUGGUCUCUCUUUUUUUUUUAAAUUUAGUUACGUUUAAUUCUUUAUCAGCUUAGCCACUGUUGUAUAAUGAUUUUCUGUGACAGCUUAGCCAUCGGUUUAUAACAAUUUUCUGUCACAGUUUAGCCAUCGUUAUUUAUAACACUUUUCUGUGACAGUUUAGCCAUCGUUAUUUAUAACAUUUUUCUGUGACAGUUUAGCCAUCGUUAUUUAUAACACUUUUCUGUGACAGUUUAGCCAUCGUUAUUUAUAACACUUUUCUGUGACAGUUUAGCCAUCGUUAUUUAUAACAUUUUACUGUGACAGUUUAGCCAUCGUUAUCUAUAACAUUUUUCUGUGACAGUUUAGCCAUCGUUAUUUAUAACAUUUUUCUGUGACAGUUUAGCCAUCGUUAUUUAUAACAUUUUUCUGUGACAGUUUAGCCAUCGUUAUUUAUAACAAUUUUCUGUGACAGUUUAGCCAUCGAUAUUUAUGACAUUUUUCUGUGACAGUUUAGCCAUCGUUAUUUAUAACAAUUUUCUGUGACAGUUUAGCCAUCGUUAUUUAUAACAUUUUUCUGUGACAGUUUAGCCAUCGUUAUUUAUAACAUUUUUCUGUGACAGUUUAGCCAUCGUUAUUUAUAACAUUUUUCUGUGACAGUUUAGCCAUCGUUAUUUAUAACAAUUUUCUGUGACAGUUUAGCCGUAUGUUUAUAAAAAUUUUCUGUGACAGUUUAGCCAUCGAUAUUUAUGACUUUUGUUCUCAAUGUGCACGCAAUUGUCAAGUGGAAUUUUAUUGUUAAACAAAAUAUUUUUUUUCAAUUAAGCACCAAGUACACUGAAGUGCACACUACAUUUUAUAUAUUACAUUCAUUUAUUUGAUAUUGAUGUUCCUUAACGCUGCACUCACCAAAGUUGGCUGUAAACCAAUACUUUCACGAAUGCUACCACAACACAGUCUUAAGAAUCACAUGAAUGACCUGCGUGGUAUUGACCUUGUUGCUUAGAAAUCAGAAAUAAAUAUCUGAAACUGUGAGAAAGGAGCCAUAUUGUGUAUCCUAUUUCUUCUAAAGUUUCAAGUCGAUCUGCUCCAUGCAAUCUGCGCAAAAAAAUUGUGUGUUAGGUGCUUAUACAAGCUAGAAGGUGUAAUGUUUCUCAGCAUGUGUUCUGCGGAUCACCUGUGCACUAAUACCAACUGGUAAGUAUGCUGUGAUAUUUGUCUACAUGUGUUACAUAGAAUGCGCUAACAAAAAAAAAAGACGGGUUCAGUGUACCGUGUUAAUGCUGUAACUGAUCAUUUCAUUUUGAUGGUGGCGUGACGCUAGGUAGCUCAAGAAAAUCUGUUUGAACGAAUCAUAUUGUUGACAUGAAAUAUAGGGUUUAAUGCCGUCAAUAUUUGAAAGGAAGGGCAUAACGCUGUCAACACAUGAAAUGUAAGGCAUAAUGUUGUCAAUACAUGAAAUGUAGGGCAUAAUGCUGUCAACACAUGAAAUGAGGGGCAUAACACUGUCAAUACAUGAGAUGAGGGGCAUAACUCUGCCAACACAUGAAAUUUAAGGCAUAAUGUUGCCAACAGAUGAAAUAUUGGGCAUAGCGCUGCCAACACAUGAAUUUAAGGGCAUACCGCUGACAACACGAAAUAAAAGACACGCAACAGAGAAUGUGACAACUCUUCACAAGUGAUCGGUGCAUAAUUUCUUUAACUGUCACCACUAUUAAUUAAACACCUGUCCACGUCCAUUACGAUAACACCUGAACUUAUUAAUGAUGUGAUGUAUACACCCAGGGAUAAGCACGUCAGCGACCGAUUUGUAAAAAAAAAAUCAAUUAACAUAAUGGCGUGGUAGACCUUGUGGUCACUGGAGGUAAGAAACCCGGUUAGUAUGUCCGGUGUAGAUCAGACACCAUUGAUUCACCGUGGGGAGAGGUUGGACUUGUAUUUGAAAUAUGAAAAGAAUGACGUUCCAAGGAUUGAACAGACUCAAGGCCACACAUUUACUGGGUAGGAGACCUAUUCAUUGAUAGCAGAUACUCUUAAUAACUUAUCGCGAUUUCAUUAAUUUUAAAAAAAUGGUUUUGUUCUACAAUGCAAUCAACUUUAGACUGUACAUUUUCAUUUCUAUUGGUAUUACGAUAAAAACACAUAAGUUUUUAAAUUGGACUCGGUUUCUCCCAGAGCUUGAACCCAAUGUAGGACGUGACUUGUGCGUCGAGUGAAGAGAGAACAGCGAUUGACACCGCUAACACGUUUCUAGUUAUUUUAAAUUCACGCCAUAAUCAAUGCGAUCCGUGACAUCAUUUUUACCAAAAAAUCGUUUUGAAUCAUUUGUUAAACCACACAUCGUAGAAAGUUGCUCUGUGUAUGUAAGGACACGGUGAAACGCAAGCCCUACAAUUAACCACAACUUGAUCUACCGUCUCGGCUUAUCAGCUUAAUUACAUGUUGGGCGCCCUCUGGCGUAAUGGAAGUAUUAGUUUUAAAAGUUUCCCGGGGCUUCAGUGCGUCAAUGAUUGUUAAAUUACAUACCUAGAGUCGAGAAUGAUGAUUCUAUAACAUUUAAUGACUUUUUAUGAACUGAGCUCUUACUCUGUAUUUACACAGAUUCAUGUUUACUGAUCUAUUACACAUUUUUUCACAAAUAUUUACUCUAAUGUAUUGAUUUAAUGAGGGUAUUAUAGGCCUCAAACCUAUAACAACCCGUUUUGCCCUCUCAAACUCUUUUUUAUCCUCGUCUUUUCAAACCAUGUUAUUAAACUGGCACUUGUCACAUCCCAUUCUCAUUCAUAAAAAUAAACUAUUAAAUUGGCUCCGAAAUUGACCUAGGCAUACCACAAUGUUACACGCCAUCAUAAAAAAAUGUUUCUCUCAACAAUGAAAAUGUUACUCUACACCAUGACAGCGUUACUCUCCAGAUUGACAGCAUUACUCUCUAUGUUGACGAUGUUAUCCUUCGCCGUGACAAUGUUAUCCUUCGCCGUGACAAUGUUAUCCUUCGCCGUGACAAUGUUAUCCUUCGCCAUGACAAUGUUAUCCUUCGCCAUGACAAUGUUAUCCUUCGCCGUGACAAUGUUAUCCUUCGCCGUGACAAUGUUAUCCUUCGCCGUGACAAUGUUAUCCUUCGCCGUGACAAUGUUAUCCUUCGCCGUGACAAUGCCAUGCUCUAUGUUCACAAUUUUCUCUUCAGCUGAUACCCGUGACGUCAUGUCUUCACCGGUCAGUUCGUCGCGUCUGCUCAAAAAGAUCAACAUCAUCAACUCACGAACCAAACCCUUCCGUGUGGUCAUCUUAGGUCAAAAUGGAGUCGGUAAAACAGGUAGGCCUAUGGUCAAAAAAUAAUUUCAGCCCACACAUCCCUCCAGUUUUAUGGGAGAGUAAAUAUCUAUUUAUUUAUACAAUAUUACAUAGGAUAGUAAUAGUAAGGGAAACAUAAUUUGUUUAAAAUGCUGGGAAAUCGGCAAGCAGGAGCAAAUGUCGAUAAAUUUCAUAAUAAUUUUUUUCAGCGAGUUAACUUCAAAACAUUUAAUUACAUUGUAUUUACUGGGUUACCGUUAUUGGCGCAAGUGGCAUCUUUUUAAAUUUUAAAAUAAAAACAUAUGUGGACAUUAAUCAAAUUAUUUACUGUUUGUAUUAGGACACAAUCACAUACAUAGACUUAUGUUUCUAUUGGGACACAAUCACAUAGACUUAUGUUUCUAUUGGGACACAAUCUCAUAGACUUAUGCUUGUAUUGGGACACAAUUUCAUAGACUUCUGUUUGUAUUAGGACACACUCACAGAUCUGACCAGGACCAGCUACAACAGGAUCUCAAUCUGUUAGCUGAGUGGGAGAUGAGCUGGGACAUGGAAUUUCAUCCUGCCAAGUGCCAGACACUAUCAAUCUCUAGAAGUUGUACUCCUCUACACUACCAAUACAAACUGCACGGCCAUAUUCUUGAGCAAGUUUCCUCCGUAAAGUACCUGGGUGUUACCAUUCAAAGAGAGGUCCGCUGGGACGAGCAUAUUAACAAUGUAUGUAACCAAGCAAACCAAGCCUUGGGGUUCUUAAGGCGAAAUCUAAAGAUUGGCAACUCCUGUGUGAAAGAAAGAGCAUAUAAAGCCUUUAUCCGUCCGAUUUUAGAUUAUGCAUCUUCAGUCUGGGACCCAUUUACCCAGAAGAGCAUUGACAGGUUGGAGGCGGUCCAGCGACGAGCAGCACGUUUUGUCCUAAACCGCUACAGGAAUACCUCUAGUGUUGGCAGCAUGCUAGAAACACUAGGCUGGUCACCAUUGGAGAAACGACGACGACAAUCCAGGCUCUCCAUGAUGUACAAAAUAAAUAAUGGGCUGGUCCACUGUUCCAGUAUUAAACAGAAACUCGUCCCUCUCCCCCAUAGACAGCGACGAGGCCAUGACAGGCAAUUCAGGCUCAUACCAGCAAGAAGCCAGUAUAGGAGCUGCUCAUUCCUGCCCAAGACAAUCAGGGACUGGAACCAUCUUUCAAAAGGAACAGUUGAGGCGACAACACUAGACACAUUUGUGUCUAUUGCCUCAAGCCUUCAAACCCCUAGUGCAUAAUUUCCUCAUCACCACCAGUAACAGAAACAUUGCAAAUCCCAUCUACAUGCAUAUGAGCCAAAAUGAUCAAUAAAUUGAUCGUGGGCCCUUAAGAUAUAGAAGAAGAGAAGAAGAAGACUCAUGUUUGUACUGGGACACGAUCCCAUAGACUUCUGUUUGUUUUGGGACACAAUCUCCUAGACUUCUGUUUGUAUUAGGACACAAUCACAUAGACUUCUGUUUGUUUUGGGACACAAUCUCCUAGACUUCUGUUUGUAUUAGGACACAAUCACAUAGACUUCUGUUUGUUUUGGGACACAAUGUCCUAGACUUCUGUUUGUAUUAGGACACAAUCACAUAGAAUUCUAUUCAUAAUAUGCAUUAAGUACUGUACAUUCAAAGGGUUUUCCUUUGUUCUUCUCAGCUCUGACAGUUCGUUUCCUCACGAGACGUUACAUUGGGGACUACGAUCCAAGCUUAGGUAAGUGCACGGAACUAUUCUAAUAUUCUAGUGUUUCCAAUUAAACGUAUUUUUUUUAAAAAUCAUUCAACGAAACAUCUGUCAACUAUCGAGUUUUGACAACAUAACCUGUUAAUGAGACGCUUGAGAGAGCAAGCUUCAACAAAAAGAAACUACUUUACAAUCUUAGUUUAAUUGAAAGAGAAAUUGAGAGUAUUUUUUUUCGCUUAUUAUAUUUCUAAAGUUAGAAAAUUAUUAAUCAGGAUGUUGUGUUCCCAACAUGGACUGGUGACGUCAUGAAAGCUGGUUUCCAGAAGUUUCCGAAAUUCCUAACCUGAAAAAAAAUAAAAUUAUGGCCAUUAAAUACUAUGCGAUUGCAAGGAUGAGUUUUGCAAAGUAAUUCUCCAAAAAUGAUCUUUUUCCAAAGGAGUCACUAAAGAAACCAAAAACAAAUACUUUUAUGUACACGUUUACAUUAGACAGUUGCAUAUGUUUAAAAAUAGACGGUAAUGUAUAUUCAUAAAUAUACACUUAGAUCUAUAUAUGUUUAUAAAUAGACAACUAUAUAUCUUUAUAAAUGGACAGAUAUAUGUGUUUAUAAAUAGACGGAUAUAUAUGUUUAUAAAUGGAAAGUUAUAUAUGUUUUUAAAUAGAAAGUUAUUAAUCUUUAUAAAUAGACAGUUAUAUAGGUUUAUGAAUAGACAGUUACAUACGUUUAUAAAUGGACGAUUAUAUAUGUUUAUAAAUAAACAUACGGUUUUACACGUAUAUAAAUACACAUUUAUAUAUGUUUAUAAAUAGACGGUUUAUAAAUAAUAAUAUAAAUAAUAAUUUGUAAUGUUAUUAAAAGAAAUAUACGUUUAUAAAUAAACAGUUGUAUACUUUUAUAAAUAUGAAGUUAUAUAUGUUUAUAAAUAGACAGUUAUAUACGUUUAUAAAUAGACAGUUAUAUGUUUGUAAAUAGACAGUUAUAUUCGUUUAUAAAUAGACCGUUAUAUACGUUUCUAAAUAGACAGUUUGUGUGUUUCUUUUCAGAGCGUGUCUACACCUGUCAGCGUACUAUUCAAGGGUUACCUGUUGACUUUGAGGUGUGGGACACAGCAGGCGAGGUGAGUAGUGACCCCAGGGCCGAGUCACAUGACAAGGAAAAGGGCUAUUUUUUAACGUCAACAUGAAUUUUACUUACUUUUAUCAGACUUCCAAAAAACUUCACUCAAAUCAACCUACAUACCGUCUUUGAUGCAAACCUAGUUAAUUGGAAAUAUGGGGAGCAAAAAAAAUGACGUGAAGUGGACAAAACAAGCUGUCACUGUGAACUAAGGUGGUAGUCAUCAAGGGGUGGCAUUGGAGAGACGUUCUCUUUGAUGACGAAUGGAAGGACGUGACUUAACAAGUUCAAUAUGGGCCUGUUGACGGAAGUGGAGCGGAAAGUUUUAGUGCCGCCCGAAAAACGCAUGACUUCCAAGGCAACGGAAGUUUAGCGCUAACAUGAUUACUGAUGCCGUUGAUGGGUAUGAGGCAAUGGGUGGCCGCCCAAACCCUUGUCAAUUAUUAAAAAGACGCGGCCCUGAGAAAGCCGCCCCUAGACGACCGUUUCGUCCCCGCUACGUCCCGACCGGACAGCUCACUGGGCGGUGGGGAGUGGUAACGCAACACCACCUCUCCGGAGAGGAAGUAAAGCCGCCAUGACCCAUAGGAGAGCGGACUACGGACGCCUUAAACGCAGCGCCCUCGGUCUGCCGGGCGUCCCUCAGGCCAGUGAGGGAAGUUCCCGGCACACUUCCGCACGGGCUGGGGGUGGGGGGGGGGCGUGGGCUCGGUUGGGGGGGGGCCGGGGGGGGGGGUAUUAUGAGUGCAAACUCGACGACCCACCGACACCAUCUCCAAAGUAACGUUAUGAGUGCCGCCCGAGGGUGGGUCUGGAACUGCGACAAUGUCAAUCUUCUAUAUAGGUCAAAAUACGUUCACAGAUGUUUAUUAUUUAUUAUGUCAUGGCGAAUUAUCGUAAGACAACCCAAUAACAGUUGUAAGUGCUGUCGUAAAACACACACCCUCCCCUCCCCCCUCCCCCCCCCCGGUCGUAAAUGCUUAGAGAAGAUUUUCGAAGCCCAAUCUAAAAAUGUUUCUUCCUUUGUUCUGCAAAAAAAAAAGUAUAUAUCAUAACAUAAAAGAUCUAUUAAUAGAUAAACAACUUAAAAAAAAAAUUAAUUUACCAUUGCAGGAUUUUUGAUUCGGUAGUCACUUAUUUUGAAGUAUGCUUCAGAAGCAAGAAAGCAUUGUUUAUCUUGAAAUCAACUAUGAUAUAUAUAAACUUUAACGCAAUAUCAGUUUAAGUCAUUUAGGCUACCUAUAUAUUUAAGUAAAAAUUCAAUUAUCUAUUUUUUUUUCUUCAAAAUCUAUAAAUAAUUUAUUUUCUUAGAAAACUGAAAAAUAGUUGUUGUUUUUAAAAUAACCGAUUGCCAGGGGCGUCAUUUGGGUAGGGAGGGGUGGGGCAUUUGCAGGUUUUUUAAAAAUUGCUAUGGACUCUGGCGCCUCCAGUAAUAACAGCUUAACAAGCCGACCAAAUUUUGGUUCCCCCCCCCCCCACUGAAAAAACCUUAAAUGACGCCCCUGCUAAUUAACCUUUAUCAUUUUAUUUUUCAUUUGGUAAGGGGGGGGGGAAUCUUUCGUUCUUGUUCUAGCACCAAACUGUCUAAAGCUAGCACUGCUCAUGGGGCGAUUUUAUGGGCAUUGGGGGAGGGGGGUGUAGUUCAUACAUUAAAUUAAGUGCUUUUGUAUACUUUAAACAUUGUGACACAUUGUCAUGUCAUUACCAUUAUAACCUAAUUUAGGCAUGUCUGAGCCAGACGUUCAUUGCGGUUUAGAUCUACACCCCCUAAUCAUUAAAUCUGGCUAUUAUUAUUUUUAUAUUUUUAUUAUUUUACUUUAUCACCUUUUCACUUUAUUAUUUCUUCUUAUUAUUAGUACUGAAUUUUUAUUGUAAUUAUUAUUAUUUUUAUUAUUUUUAUAAUCGCUAUAAUUAUAAUUCUCAUUCUUAUUAAUAUCAUGAUUGUUUCCAUUGUACUUCAGAAUGAGAACAGUAAACUCAAGGAGCAGAUCCGCUGGGCGGAUGCCAUCAUCCUCAUGUAUGACGUCACCGACCGGUGCAGCUUCAACGAGUGCAGUCGCCUGAAGUUCCUCGUGAACGCCCUGUCCAGGCGGCGAAACAAGAAGUCGGGCGUCGACCCCACCUCGGACCUGACCAACGCCGUCCCUGUCGUCCUGCUCGGGAACAAGAUCGACAAGGCGAGGGACCGGAUGGUCAUGACGGAGGAGGGAAUGUCGCGCAGCAGGCAGCUAGGCUGCGACUACUUCCAGGAGGUCUCCGUCAGCGAGACCGUGGAGGACAUCAUCGCCGUGUUCGAGGACCUGUACUCGUACCGCAGGAACGACAGGCGGCUGACCACCGCCCACGGGUUGUCCAGGUCGACCCUCCACGUCGAGAAGCCCGCGCCGUGCAGUUCGGAUGAAGAGCUCGAGGAGAGCGGCGCAGGGGCGCGUCCGAGGGGGAGAAGGGAUACCCUGUCCUUGCCCAUCAAAACCCUGAGUGACCAACAGGAUGAGCUGAUCAUGAAGUCACGCUCCAGGAGGCGGGAAGCCUAUUUCGUCAUUAGCUGACGUCAUCGGAACUAAUACAUUUUUUUCAGUAAACAUUUGUGCAUGAUAUUUUGCUGGAGAUUUUGCUUGAUAUUUUGCUGGAUAUUUUUCUGAAUAUUCUAAUAAUUGAACGUGAACCAGUUUGUUGGUAUCGUCUGAUAAGAAUCCUACUUCUGCACCGUACAACGUGCGUAUGGCCAUCAACAAGUUUGACGUCGACGGACAAACCAACUAGUUGUGUAUCGAGUUCCGGUAAUAACUGUCGGGUGAUUGCAAAGGGAGUUAAUGCUGAAAUGAGUUGUGUUUCAACUUUUUGAACAAGAUGGCAUUUCUUCAAAUAUAAGAAGCUCUUGACAAACAGAAUACAGCAAUUUUUGAUUUCCUUAUGAACUCAUAAGAUACCGUGGAGAUCCUGAUGUGGCUUUUUCGUUUUAAGUAUUUUUCUAUGAAACAAACGUCACCCAUAAAAAAAAAUAUUGUAAAAUAUACAUUUUUACACUGUAAAGAAACGAUUCCAACAUGUUAAUUUUUACCUGUUGAUACCAGAAUAACGCAAUUAAAUGACCUAAUGGAAUAAUACCUUUAACGUGACCAUCCCUGGACAGAGAAUGUGAUCAUCCGUGGACAUAGAAUGUGACCGUCCAUGAACAGAGAAUGUGACCAUCCAUGGACACAAAGUGCAGAGACUUUUUGCAUUAAGUGUUAAAAUUUUUAAAAGUAUAAAAUAAAGCAUGUCGUUUAAAGACGAGUCUUACCGCACUAAACAGGAGAAAAUAACUUGACAUUUCUUAAACCGCUCCCUCAAGUAAAGUCAGUGCAGAGAAAUCGUGAAGCACUCUAUGAAGUCAACGGACUCGAAUUAAAUUUAGAAUACACUCUAUUAUUUUGUUAACGUUUUUAUUUAUUGACUUUUUAAAUUAUUUUCUGCACAGACAUUUUUUAUUUUUUUUUUUUUUUUUGCGCAAUGCGAUUUGGGAAAUUUUACGUGCGUUAAAACUUGUCCUUAAAAGAAAGUAUUUUUUAAAAGCUUUUUUAACGAAUUUUUUUACUACCUUUUAGUAAAAACAUUUUUAUGUGUAAAUUAUCGAAAAAAGAAGAUUUUUUUUUUUUAAGCAACGAAUGCAAGUUAAUUUGUUCUAUUUUUUUUAAAAAAAUGGUAAAAUUUCUGGAUAUAAAAACACACAAGUUACUAACUGAGUCUAGAGUGCAACACAAUAGAAGCCUACUAAACGUCAGUGUAAGCCGCUGGUGUAGGAAUGUAUCGCCUGACAUCUAACACAGAUUAAGUAGACUAAUCAAACAAGUUAGUAACAUCACACAACCUAAACAUCCUUUGCUUGACGAACCAUAUGAAGAAAAAAGUGAUGUUUUCAAACUAAACACAUUUUGGAUGCAACAUCCCGAACCACUUCAUCACAGAUACCUAAGGUCAGCUCGAUAAGUGCAGAUCAAAUUCUUGCUGUUUAAGUUAGGGCCCGACGAUGUAAAUAAUGACGUUGUUCCCCAUUCUGUAUGAAUUGAUCAGCGUGCUCCCCCAGCGGUUACGAGAUCUAGAUAAUCACUAAUUAAGUCAUUAUUGUCACUAAAGGAGUUCAUGGAUGGCUGCUUUCUACGCUAGAGAAAUACAUAAGAUGUCUGGUGUUUAAAUUCUUAUAAUUAUAAAAUGUUGUCUUUGUUAAAAAAAUGCGUUUAUUUAUUUGUUUAUAUUGAAUAUGUUUCGUGUAAUUAAAAAAUUCCAUUAACCUG